AUGACCAGCAGGGUUUUCUGCAAUCGUUGCUUCCAGCCGCCCCACAGGACCUCGCGCUUCAGCUUGACCAACUGCGGGCACGUGUACUGUGACAUCUGUCUCCGCAAAGGUAGAAAGGAUGAAUGCUUGAUUUGUAAAGUUCCUUGUCAUACAGUUUUACUUUCAAAACAUACUGACUCCAGUAUCCAGGCAUUCUUUAUGGGCAUAGAUGGCCUGUGCACCAAGUACUCAAAGGAAACCUCCCAGAUUUCAGAAUUUCAAGAAAAACACAGGAAGAGAUUGUUAGCCUUCUACAGAGAAAAGAUCUCUCAGCUGGAAGAAUCACUUCAGAAGGCAGUGCUGCAGAUAGAACAGCUGCAAAGGUGAGGUCCUUCUCAGUGAGCCUCGGAGUGUGCAGUAGUCAGCAUGAACGACUGCGUCUGUGGUCAGCCUUCUCCCGAACGAGCUAGAACCGCUCAAUCCAAAAGAAGCCACACCACCUCCACAGGCAAGGAGGCCUGAGAGCAGUGGAGAAAGA